AUGGCCGAGGAGGCUCAUCGGCGGUAUGCAGAAAUUAUGCGCGACGUCGAGAUGAUGAUUGAUGAUCAUAUAUCACGCCAAAGACAAAAUCAAACCCAAUCGCAAGGGUUGGAAGGUGCCGUAGCAAGUCUCAUAGCCCCCUUACCAUCAAAGCUAGGCAUGCUGGUCCCCACAGCCGGCCCGUUCUUCACCAGGCUGCCUUUGGAAGCUGCCUUCAAGUAUCAGGACAGGAAACGAUACAUUUCGUCUAGACGAUAUGUAGCCCCGUCGUUCAACGAUGUGCGUUUGGUGCUCAACUCAGCACAGGUCAUGGCCGUGACUGGCGGUGCGCUGCAGCUCGCUACCUUUGAUGGUGAUGUGACGCUGUACGAUGAUGGAGAGAGUCUGGAGCCCACGAGCCCCAUCAUCCCGCGACUCCUCGGUAUUGUGACGGCUGCAGGCUACACCACGGCUGAUCGAUACUACGACCGUCUUCAUGGUCUUUUGGAUGCCAUCGCUGCCUCCCCCGAUUUGGACGAAACUCAGAAGCGAAGUGUUGUCAUCAUGGGCGGCGAAGCCAACUACCUCUUUACAUACGAGCCAUCUUCGCCUCACCGCUUGGCGCCUGUCCCUCGACCGCAGUGGCUCACUCCCGAGAUGGCAGCCUGGUCUGAAGCAGACAUUGCCGCGCUUCUGGACGUGGCGGAAUCAGCGCUGAAGGACUGCGUUCGCACAAUGAAUCUUCCAGCAACCAUUGUACGCAAAGACCGUGCGGUCGGCAUCAUUCCGUCGGAGCCUCACAUCCGCAUCGCACGCGAAAGUCUCGAGGAAACGGUUCUUGUGGUACAGAGAAUCCUUGAACUCAGCCACCUUGGCUCGCAGACGCAGGUUGCUGGGCGGUCGUCGCCUGCCACCGGGCGCAAGGGCGUUCCAUUCUGUGCCUUCAACGGCGGGCGAGACGUCUUUGUCGACAUCGGCGACAAGAGCUGGGGCGUCACUGUUUGCCAGCAGUGGUUUGUUCGACAGGGCGUAGCCAUCAAGGGCGAGAAUACUCUCCAUGUCGGAGACCAGUUUUUGAGCGCCGGAUCCAAUGACUUUAAAGCGCGAAGCGUGGGCACAACGGCUUGGAUUGCCAGCCCGGCCGAGACGGUCGAGCUCUUGGACGAGCUGGCGGACCUGAUGCAGAAGAAGUUGUCGUGA